AAAUUAAAAAAAUAGAGUGGACGGUAUAGGCAGCUUUAGGCCGCCAUGAACCGGCUGCAGGAUGACUACGACCCCUACGCGGUUGAAGAGCCUAGCGACGAGGAGCCAGCUUUGAGCAGCUCUGAAGAUGAAGUGGAUGUGCUUUUACAUGGAACUCCAGACCAAAAACAAAAACUCAUCAGAGAAUGUCUUACUGGAGAAAGUGAGUCAUCUAGUGAAGAUGAAUUUGAAAAAGAAAUGGAAGCUGAAUUGAAUUCUACUAUAAAAACAAUGGAGGACAAAUUAUCUUCUCUAGGAACAGGGUCUUCUUCAGGAAAUAAUAAAGUUGGAAUAGCUCCGGCAAAGUAUUAUGAUGAUAUAUAUUUUGAUUCAGAUUCUGAGGAUGAAGACAAAGCAGCACAGGUGACCAAGAAAAAAAAGAAGAAACGACACAGGAUUCCAACAAAUGAUGAAUUACUAUAUGAUCCUGAAAAAGAUAACAGAGACCAGGCCUGGGUUGAUGCACAGAGAAGGGGUUAUCAUGGUUUUGGGUUACAGAGGCCACGUCAUCAACAGCCUGUUCCAAAUAGUGAUGCUGUUUUGAAUUGCCCAGCUUGCAUGACGACACUGUGCCUUGAUUGCCAAAGGCAUGAAUCCUACAAAACUCAAUAUAGAGCAAUGUUCGUGAUGAAUUGUUCUGUCAACAAAGAGGAGGUUCUAAGAUAUAAAAACUCAGAGAACAGGAAGAAAAGGCGGGGCUAUAAGAAGAUGAAGUCUAACCAUGAAGACUCUGCAGAGCAGGCAGAGACAGAAGUGGAAGAAAUCUAUCACCCAGUCAUGUGUACAGAAUGUUCCACAGAAGUGGCAGUCUACGACAAGGAUGAAGUCUUUCAUUUUUUCAAUGUUUUAGCAAGCCAUUCCUAAACAGCUCAGCUGGCGUGCAUUACCUAAUACUGUAUUUAAGGCAAAUAUGUACAGUUAUUUUCCUGUCUAUCCAUAUCAUUAAUUGAUGUUGAGUUAUUUGAGGAAGCAGUAUUUUAUCUUAUGAAGAAUGGUUAUUAAACUUUAUCUCCUCA